CCACGAAAAGACGAACGAAGGCUCACUUGACCGCAGUAUUUUUUUACGCCGUGUAGCCUACUAAAUAAGACGUAUUUUAUUAAGUUAUAUGAAAUGCAUUCGUUUGAGAAAUCCAUUGCAGGUGUUUCCACAUUCCUGUAAUGUCAAACAUGAAAAUGUGUAGCGUUAACUUUCAUUGGGACUUAUAGGCUCAUGUAAUAGAGCUCUCUGUCGGAUGUAUGCUUAUCUUCUCGCCUGUCUUCGCUUGUGACGACGAUGGAGACAGGGCCGACAUGCACGAUGGUGUCUGACUGAAUACACUUGAUCCACCUGUGAUUAAAACCAUCCGCCAGCAGCAGCCAACUCCUAAUAAAGUAGUAUUGGCGGACAGCGUUCGCGCGGAUAACUAAUUUUAUGAACUAGCACGGCAAUUGCGUCUAUUGUAGAAUAGCGGGUCACGUGACCUCGCAUCCACUCAAGCCUGCUAGUGUCAAGCCAGAGGACAACACCGCACUUCCGGUUUUGUUACAGCGAACUAAUUAAAACGAAAACGUUUAAAGAUUCUUUUAAUAACACAAGCUGACAUAUAGAAAACUGGCAGUGAAUUUAAUCGGACUUUGUACUUUUGUUGCGUUCUGGACACCGCUUUAUUGAACAAUUGUUUAAUCGUUUACGAUGUUUUGCUUUUACUUUGAAGGAAAUGGCGCUCUGCUUCCGGUACAGUCGCUGGUGUCCGUCGCGAGCUUGACGCAGCUCUGGGGCCUGCUGUGUUUUCAACGGAGCUGAGAAGAAAAAUGGCGUCUUCAAGCGACUCAGAGCGGGACACCGGCCAUUCAGUUUGAGCUUUCCGCCCUGAAAUUGAGACCGGGGCUUGGUGGGGACUUAUCGGGAACGGUCGCCAGACCUGUUGGUUUUUUUCUCCCCCGCUUUUCUCCGGUGUGCGUGGCUUAUUGAAGCAGCGAGAUUGAAGCGGAACAGAAGAUACUCUCUCCUACAAUGAGGGGGAGAAGAGGAAGGCCGCCCAAACAAGCAGCCGUGAUGCGGGAAGGUUCACCCGGGCCAGUCCGCGGCUCUCGGGGAGGCAGGAGCAGAGGGAUGCGUGGACGGGGAAGAGGCAGAGGACGGGGUCGGGGACGAGGGGGGAGUGGCGGGCUUUGCGGCACUGGCUCUGCGGAGGUGGAUACAGAAAUCUCCGGGCGAGAGAACUUUCAUUCGUCCCGGGGCCGCAGGAAAGUUGGAGCCUCCACCACGGCGACGGCCGCGGGAUCGCGGGGCAGAGGAAGCAGAGGGAGAGGCAGAGGGUCGAGAGGCGGCCGCGGCAGCAGAGGCGGAGUGAGGCGGCCUCAAACCAAGGUGGUCUACGACGACAACAGCGACGAGGAGGAUGAUAAUUUCAGCUACAGGUCAGACGAUGAUGAACUCCUGAACGACAACCCUUCGUCGGAUCUUGAAGAAGAGGAGGCCUUGGGAAACGACUCUGACUAUCUGGAGGAACUACCAGAUGAUGAUGAUGCCAGCUACUGUACCGAGAGUAGUUUUCGGAGCCACAGCACGCUCGGUAGCACCCCAGGCCGGAGAAAGAGUCGGGCGUUGCAACCACGGUCUCCGAUCCUCGAAGCAAAUGACAUUCCUCCGCUUGAGCUUCCCAAGUCUUCUGAGGACCUCCUGGUUUCUACCUCACAGCUCCUCAAUGUGUCUGCCGUCUACGAAGUCCUCCGUAACUUUGGCUCAGUUCUGCGGCUCUCACCGUUCCGCUUUGAGGAUUUCUGUGCAGCGUUGGCCAGCCAGGAGCAAUGCACACUGCUGGCAGAGACCCACAUCUCCCUGCUUAAAGCUAUUCUCAGAGAGGAGGACACUUCCAACACCACAUUUGGUCCCGCUGACGUGAAGGACUCUGUCAACUCCACUCUGUAUUUUGUGGAUGGUAUGACCUGGCCAGAGGUGGUACGGGCAUACUGUGAGAGUGACCCGGAGUACCGACACAUUCUUCCUUUCCAGGAGGGUGAGGAUUAUCCCUAUGAACCGUUGGAGAGCAAAGUCAAAGUUCUCCAGUUUUUGGUGGACCAGUUUCUGGCGACCAACAUCGCCCGGGAGGAGCUAAUGUCAGAAGGGGUGGUUGCCUACGACGACCAUUGCAGGGUAUGCCAUCGCCUUGGUGACCUGCUGUGCUGUGAGACAUGUUCGGCCGUUUACCAUCUGGAGUGUGUGAAGCCGCCAUUGCAGGAAGUGCCGGAGGACGAGUGGCAGUGUGAGGUGUGUGUAGCACACAAGGUACCCGGUGUGUCGGACUGCAUCCCCGAAGCACAGAGGAGCAAACCAUUUAUUCGACAACUGCCAGUCGGCUUUGACCGACAACAUCGGAAAUACUGGUUCCUUAAUCGCCGCGUUGUCGUUGAGGAGGACGGUGAGCAGGAGGACAAAGCCAUCUGGUACUACAGCACCAAGGUCCAGCUAGCUGAGCUCAUAGACUGUUUGGAUAAGGAGUACUGGGAGGCCGACCUGUAUGCAGCGCUUGAGGAGAUACGGGAUGAGGUGCAUGCGCAUAUGGAUAUCACUGAGGACUUAACCAACAAGGCCCGUGGCAGCAACAAGUGUUUCCUUGCUGCCUCGAAUGAGGAGAUACUGGAGCGGUUGCGAGCUAAGAAGGAAGAGGAGCUGGAGGAGGUGAAGAGACGGGCUGCUGAGGAGGCCCAGAAAGCACGGCUGGAACAGGAGAAGAAGGAGGUGGAUGUGGAGAAGGAAGACGAGGAUGCCAAUUUGAAGGACGAGGGGCAGCAGGAGGGCAAAGUCAAAGCUUUGACAAAGGAGGAGGAGACAAAGGAAGAGGAGACAGAAGAGAUAAAGGAUGGCGUCAAAACAGAAGUUGUUGAAUCUCCACCCACUGGCCAAGCAGGCUGUAGUGGCAGUAGCAUCUCAGACGGACCUAUACUUCUGGCGACGUCUGCUCCAACACAAGUCAUCCCCACCACCGCAAGUUAUAGCCUGGCCAGUGAGGCUCCAAAGCCCCCGGCCUCUGCCGUGGAGGCUGUGAUAGAGGGAUGUUCCCAUAUGGAGGUCUCUAACAACACCAAAGAAACCCCAUCAUCAGAUUCUGUCCCUGUCAGUGGAGAAGGCGUCCCCAGUCUGAGCCAGCCCUCCCAGACCAGUGAAGAGAACAGUAACAGCAGCACAGGAGCUGGGGUCCCUCCCAGAGGUCCUGAACCUCCGGACCUGGCUGACAAGUCCUCCCAGUCAUCCCUGGCCAGCUUUGAUGACACAGGGGACAUUAGGGACUCGGCCAAUGGUGAGGGGACAGGUCUCAGCAGUAAGAGGUCUGCAGCUACUCGCAUGGUUACCCGGCUGAGGAACCCAGAAAGCAAGCUUAGCCAGAUGAAGAGCCAGCAGGUGGCUGCUGCUGUUCACGAAGCCAACAAGGGCUUCAAAGAGGGCAAAGAGGUACUAGUAGUAAAUGCACAGGGUGAUGUCACCCGUGUCAGCACACGUAACAGCAAGGACGUGGUGAUGAAGGGAACUAUCUGCCAAUACUUCAAACUUGGCCAGGAGGGGAAAUACCGUGUCUAUCAUAACCAGUACAGCUCCAAUGCUGUGGCCCUCAACAAGCACCAGCACAGAGAGGACCAUGACAAGAGGCGGCAUCUCUCCCACAAGUUCUGCAUGACACCAGCAGGAGAAUUUAAGUGGAACGGCUCCAUUCAUGGCUCUAAGGUUCUGACUAUCUCUACACUGAGACUCACCAUCAUCCAGCUGGAGAACAACGUUCCAGCACCGUUCAUGCACCCCAACUGGGCUUCGCACAGGACCAAUUGGAUCAAAGCAGUUCAGAUGUGCAGUAAGGCCAGAGAGUUUGCACUGGCUCUGGCCAUCCUGGAGUGUGCCAUCAAACCUGUGGCUAUGCUGCCUGUCUGGAAGGACUCGCUGGGCCAUACCAGGUUAAACCGCAUGACUUCGAUUGAGCGUGAGGAGAAAGAGAAAGUGAAGAAGAGGGAAAAGAAGCUCGAGGAUGAGGAGACCAUGCAACAGGCUACUUGGGUCAAGUACACCUUUCCAAUCAAACACCAGGUGUGGAAGCAGAAAGGAGAGGAGUAUCGUGUUACGGGCUAUGGGGGCUGGAGUUGGAUCAGUAAGACUUAUGUGCAGCGGUUUCUCCCCAGGCUUCCCGGCAACACCAACGCCAACUACCGCAAAGAACUGGAAGAUGCCAAACUUGGCAAAAAAUGUACCCUGCUGGACUUGAGUCGACGACCCAGUGUAGCUGAACCAGAAGCUCAGGGAGCUGCUGUCUUAAGCAGUGAGGCAAAAGAUCAAGACUCCUCUAGCCUCUCCAAACCUGCAACCGAUCAUCUGAUGUCUGCUGAAGAUCGGGAGUCCAGUGAGAGGAUAGAAGAGGAAACAAAAGCAGGGGAGGAUGAAAAAGAAAAGUCUGAAUUGUCACCUGAUGAAUCACCUACAAAGAUGGAGGUGGACCCUGCAGACUCAAGAUCAGAUGAAGAGCAAAGGUCCAGUGUUCAGACUUCCAUGAAGGAAGAGGCUACAGAGUGCUCUACACGACCCUUUAACUACGAUGUAGUGGACGUCAGUAAGGGCUUCCUUACCCGCAUCGCCUACAAGAAGAAGGUCAAAGCCUCCAAGCUGGACAGCCUCCUAGAGCGACGAGUGAAGCAGCACAUUAUCGAAGAGAGGCAGAGGCAACAGGUGUCUGCCUCCAAACCUCAGACUCCUAAACCAGUUUUAUCCACUGCAACCCCGACUCUGAGCACUCCAAUCCGGCCACGAUCACCACUUAAGCCCCAUACUCUCAUUCAGAAACCGCUCCCCCUGGGCGAACCUGUGAAAGUGGAGGAGAAAUCUUCCACAAUACAGACUCCAGGGUCAGGAGAAGUUGGAGGACGAGAAGUUGAAGGGGAGAGUCGGGCUGAACUCUCUAAAACUGUAGAUGAGAUUGUCACUCCUCUUCUUCCUUCUCCUGCUCCGGGCUCCACACCCAAAGACAGUUGCAGUGCAGGUACAGGUGAUGAUUCAGCAUCACCACAAAACCAAAUCACCUCCAUGCCUCAGGAAUUGGAGGCAGACUUAGUAGGAAGGACUACGGGGCCAAAAGAAACUAAUUCAGAUAGUUCAGGACAAGAGGGUGUCAAACUGCCUGAUGUUGGAGAAACAUUUGGGGGAAUUCAGAGCUCUUUAGAGCAACAAACAGCCAGUGUACCAUCAGAUGUUACCAAGGCUGCACGUAUUGAAAAUACAGGGUCAGAGGUACCCAACUUGAAAACGGACUCUUUAAGGACAUCUACAAGUGUUCUUGACCAGAGAAGCAGUCAGAACACAUCUCCUUCUAAACUUAUUCAGCAAAACCCAGAAACUUUAAGCUCAAUGCAUUCGUCCACAGGGGAAAAUGGCAUGGGGCCAUUGGAGAACCAACAAAGUAUGCAAAGCAUCGGACAAGGUAGAACUACAGGUGAUAGCACUCCCGAGCCAGUUUCUCCUCUCCCUCAGGUAAAUGGUAAUGAUGGCUCAGGCAGUGAAAGCAUGUUGAGUAACUCUGUAAUGAGCUCAAAUAAUGGUGUGCUUACCAACAGUUCACUGCCCAGAGUGAACAGCAUUGGUAAAGUUGAAGAUCAAGGGCUGGUUGUCUCGUUGAAGGACAACACACAGCAGAAGCCUUUAAUUAACGGAGAUUUGCCUCCUGGAAAUAAUAGUACAGUGGUUGGAUCUAAAGUAUCAAGCUUAGAUUGUGAGGUAGAGAGCAAGACGACUAUAUCGGACCAGGACUACAAACCUCCACUUAAGAUCACGAGGCUGGAGAACAAUAUAGAUGCACUUGGAACUAAUGCUCAGAGCACUGUACAGCACAACAGCACAUCACCAUUUCAGCCUGCGGAGACCAAUGUGGUCAAGAUCAUCCGAAUGGCACCAUCUCCUAUACCUUCAGCAGAGGAGUCCAGUCUGAGCGACGACUUUGCAGAGGACAAUAGUCACAGUGGGACGACAGAGCCACUCAAGACCAUUAUCACCCAGGUAACCACAACCUCCACAACCACCACGACCGUAGUUUCCACAGAGAUGAAGAUGGCCAAAGCGCCAUUAAAGAUGACAGCACCUGUAGUAUCAACAACAGAAAGCAGUGCGGUGUCCACCCUUACUACCAUGACCAAAACAACUGUGACCAAAAUCUGUUCCUCAGGGCUUGACAGCCAGUCAGAGGACAGCCAGAGUGAAAUAGUGACACAAGAACAUAAGACGGCACUCUCAGCCUCUAUCAGUAAGUCUACAACUGACACCAGUGGUGAAACCACAGUGUCGACUGUUGCUGUGAGCCAGGAGGACUAUUCUUCAACAAAGGGUCGAGUCCGCCUUCUCAAGUUCUCCCGAACCAAGAAGACUCGCUCGGACACCGCCCUCCCUUCUUAUCGCAAGUUUGUCACCAAGAGCAACCGCAAAAGUAUUUUCGUACUGCCCCAUGACGACCUGAAGGUGUUGGGGAGGCGCGGUGGGUUCCGUGAGGUGCCCAUAUUUAGCUACAAUGCCAAGCCAGCAUCGGAUAUCUGGCCAUAUCCGUCACCUAGGCCCACGUUUGGCAUCACCUGGAGGUAUCGCCUGCAGACAGUGAAGUCUCUGGCUGGUGUGAGCCUGAUGCUGAGACUGCUGUGGGCCUCUCUGAGAUGGGACGAUAUGGCCGUCAAACCAUCCGCUGCUGUCGGCACCACACGUACAGCCCUAUCCCCACUCAUUGCUACAGAGACGUCAGAUACUGAAAUCACCACCACCGAGAUCAUCAAGCGCCGUGACGUGGGACCCUACGGCAUUCGCUCAGAGUACUGCAUUCGCAAAAUCAUCUGCCCCCUCGGGGUACCUGAGACUCCGAAAGAAACCCACACCCCUCAGAGGAAGGGGCUACGUUCCAGUGCCUUGCGCCCCAAAAAGCAUGAGCCUGCCAAGCAGACGGGCCCAGUGGUGAUCGAGACCUGGGUGGCUGAGGAAGAGCUUGACCUUUGGGAGAUCAGAGCCUUCUCAGAAAGAGUGGAGAAAGAGAAAGCUCAGGCAGCAGAGCAGGCCAAGAAACGUCUGGAGCAGAAAACAAGUGGAGUCACAGCCACCCCAACAGGGACUCCUGCAACACCUGCCUCCACGCCCAAAGUCAUUGUCGGUUCACUGUCAGGCCCGGGCACCCCCACCACCAAGGUGGUACUGUCGACCAAGAUGGGCACCCCCGUCACAUUCCAGCAGAACAAGAACUUCCAGCAGUCGUUUGCCACCUGGGUCAAGCAGGGUCAAAGCACACAAGGAGGGGGCACAGAGACCACUGUGGCCACAUCUGGUGGGCACACUUUCCAGAUUACGGGAACUUCAGUGGGUGGAAAGGUAGUGACCACCAAGCUGCCGCUGCCCGCCAACAGCAAGAUCGUCACAGUCAACGUGCCAACUUCACAAGGAGGUGUGGUCCAGCAGAAAGUGUUGGGUAUCAUCCCGUCCAGUACAGCAGGCGGUGCCCAGACCUACACCACAUUCCAGCCCCGCACUACCACGCUCAACAUCAGGCCCAACACCCCAGGCUCCCAGCAACAGGUUCUGGCAGCUGGUGGUCAGAUCCGUCCAGGAAUGACAGUGAUCCGAACACCGAUCCAGCAGACGGGACCAAUGGGAAAGACAAUACUCAGAACUCCACUCGUGGUCCAGCAAGGUCAGGGUGGACAGCAAGUAGUCACACAGAUAAUUCGUGGCCAGGCAGUUUCCACACCAAUAUCAGGUGCCAGCCCUGUCGCCACGGUUACUGGACAGGGGGCAGCCAGCCCCACAGCAGCAGGACAGGCAGCAGGCCAAACACCACCAGGCACCCCACGGGCGCAGGGGCAAGGCCAGGUUAAACUUACACUGGCACAGCUCACCCAGCUCACACAGAAGCAGCAGGCCGGGGCAGGUGUUGAUAGGCAGGCUGGUGUCAGUGGUACACAACAGGCUCUGACAGUGAUGGUUCAAGGCCAGGGCCAGACUACUGGUCAGCUGCAGGUCAUACCUCAAGGGGUCACCGUCAUCCCAGGACCUGGCCAGCAGCUCAUGCAGGCAGCACUGCCCAACGGCCAAGUGCAGCGCUUCCUCUUCACCCCUCUGGCCUCUGCUGCCACUCCCACAUCAAGCACAGCCACCACAGUUCCCGGCCAACCCAACUCCAUCUCUGCCAAAACACCCGCCCAGCAGGCUGCCGCCCCCAUCCAGGCAGGGGCGACCCCCUUGGCCACCACCAGCACCCCUUCGUCGGCCACCCCGCAAGGCCAGUUACCCCCUCAGACGCAGGCGCACAUGCCCAUCCAGUCUCCCACUUCACUGCAGGUGAAAACGCAGGGAGGAACGGCCCAGCUGCAGCUGCAGCAGACACCGCAGCUCAUAAGCAUGUCGGGACUGCAGCAGCAGGUACAGGUGUUGGCCCAGCUGCAGGCCCAGCAGGGUGGAGGCUCUCUGCCACAGCACAUCAAACUGCAGCUUCCUAUCCAGAUACAACAGACCGGGACCACCUCAGCUCAGGGAGGACAGAUCGGGAACGUAGUGACCAUCCAGGCAGCUUCUGUCCAGGAGCAACUGCAGAGAAUCCAGCAGCUCAGAGAACAGCAACAGCAGAAAAAGAGACAAGCCGCAGAGGCUAAGAGAGAGCAAGCGCUCAACGCAGCCAGCCAGAGCGACAUCAUUCAAAAACAGGUGGUGAUGAAACAAAAUGCUGUGAUUGAGCACCUGAAGCAGAAGAAGACCAUGACGCCUGCAGAGAGAGAAGAGAAUCAGAGGAUGAUCGUAUGCAACCAGGUGAUGAAAUACAUCUUAGACAGGAUAGACAAGGAUGAGAGGCAGGCGGCCAAGAGGAGGAAAAAGGAGGAGGUGGUGGAGGCUAAGAGGAGGUUGGCUAAUGCUAGCAAGCUCUCCUCACUCCUGUACCGGCACAAAGAGAGCCUAAAGAUGGAGAUCCUGAAGAAACGGGCGCUUCUUGACAAGGAGCUGCAACUAGAGGCCCAGGAGGAGCUAAAGAGGGACCUGUUGCGAAUGCGGAGGGAGAAGGAGAGGGCUCAGGCUGCAGCCCACCAAGCCGCCCAGGCCGCCGCCGCCCAGGCCGCCCACAACCAGCAGCAACAUACUCUACCACACACGCACGGCAUCACCUCUCAACACCACCUCGCCACGACCGUCACCUCCACACACAAGAGGAAACGGGAGGAGGAGAGGGAGACUGUGACGUCAGCCAAGUCCAAGAAGAAGAAGAUGAUCUUGACGACGAGCACCAAGGAGACUAAGAAGGACACCAAGCUCUACUGCAUCUGCAAGACGCCGUACGACGAGACCAAGUUCUACAUUGGCUGCGACCUGUGUACUAACUGGUAUCACGGAGAAUGCGUGGGUAUCACAGAGAAGGAGGCCAAGAAGAUGGACGACUACAUCUGUGUGGAGUGUAAACGGGGCCAGGAGGGCAGCACAGAAGAGCUGUACUGCAUCUGUCAGACGCCAUACGAUGAGUCCCAGUUCUACAUUGGCUGUGACCGAUGCCAGAACUGGUACCAUGGUCGCUGUGUGGGAAUCUUGCAGAGCGAGGCCAACCACAUCGAUGAAUACGUGUGCCCACAGUGCCAGUCGACGGAGGACGCCAUGACGGUCUUCACGCCGCUCACUGACAAGGACUAUGAAGGCUUGCGGAGAACUCUGCGUUCCUUACAAGCACAUAAAAUGGCAUGGCCGUUCCUGGAGCCAGUGGACACAAAUGAUGCCCCAGACUACUACAGGGUUAUCAAGGAACCAAUGGACCUUUCCACCAUGGAGGAGAGGUUACAGAAGCGCGAGUAUGUAAAGCUGACAGAGUUCGUAGCGGACAUGACCAAAAUCUUCGACAACUGCCGCUACUACAACCCCAGUGACUCGCCCUUUUACCAGUGUGCCGAGGUUCUGGAGACCUUCUUUGUCCAGAAACUCAAAGGCUUUAAAGCCAGCAGGUCUCAUAACAACAAACUACAAUCAGCAGCCUCUUAGCUCCUCCUAAAAUCAAAAAGACAGGCCUUGUGGUUUCCUCUGAAUGAUUAAGCCCUGUGGUCCAAGUCAGGCUCAGCUCGCCCAACCUCCAACACCUCCAUUGCAGUGCUAAAAGGGAGAGAAAAAUCCUUUUCAUCCAAAGUAUCACUGGGACAUAAUGGCAGAGAAGUCCGCAGGGGCGCCCCCCGGACCCUGUUUGGCAGCCUGUUACAUCCCAACAGCCAUUCGUACCAGCAAGCGUACCAUCCCAUCCACAAGAAGAAAGAUCCAGAUGGGAAACGAUGAGUUUGCUGGUUGGAAGUUCAGUGGCAGUCUGAUCUCACGGCAGCAUCAGACUCUUGGAAGAGCUGUGUUCAUUCUCAAGCUGAUCGCUAUUUUUGUUUGUCUUUCAAAGCAAAGGGUCAGCUUUGAUCUUCCCACUCAGAGGUGCAACUUUCAUUUCAUCCUGUUUUUAUGACACAAACAUCCCAUUAAAGUCCCUGCCUCAAAAGAAAAUAUUCAUGAGGUCUAAAAGAAAACUGAAAUGCCAAUUGUAUUUAUGCUUGAAGCUGCGGUCAUCCCAUCCAUGUACAAGAGUUCAUUCUCCUCAUAUUUGACUUUGAAAGCAGCAUUAUAUUGGCGCUGUACAAACGUCGCCCUUUGUCCCCCAUCAGACAACUUAACCAGUAUCGCACCCAUCUCCACUGCACCCAGUUAUAUUGCCUAUACCCUCAGGUGUGUAGCCCUGCACGGAGCUUGACCCGGUCUCAUAAAACCCACAUCAUGGCACAUAAAAUCUGACUGUACAUUCCCUAUCAUGGUAACCUGAUACUGAGAUGUUCCAUUUGUAAUAGAAGCUCAAUUUCUGAAAAUAAUAAUCAGGAGAUUCACUUUUCUGUUGGAUCAACAUCAUCACAUUUGGGCAUAGACUGCACUCAUCCAGUGGUCUUCAUUUUGUCUAUGGUGCUGUGUUACUUUCAUGUUGAUUUCCAGAGAGAAACACCCAGGUCAGGCCAUCCCACCCACCACAUCCUGCCCUUCCUCAGACCUUUUUCCAUUUUGUAUUGUGAAAAAUGCUAACUAGCUCUGUGGUCCUUUUUUUUAACUUGACCUUUUGUCCCUCAAAAGGUCAAGCACAAGAAGCAAGGAAACAAGACUGUUAGGCCUUCAGGGAAGAUGAAACUUGUCCAAGGCUUAACUAACCCACAUGUACUGUACCUCCCUCCAUGCACACACUGUCUCGUCAAAGCUCUUGUUUCUGUCAAUGGCUGAGUCUGUAAGUCUCUCUCCCCUUAUCUAUCAGCCACUUCUUCCAGCGUAUUUCAUUGACGUUGACAGGUUGGCUCACAUAUGUCUCUCAACUCGCCCUCAAAGCAUGGUUAAGUAAUUGGAUAAUGGACUUUUCCACUCAGCAUCAACUCAGUUAUGUUGCGGUCUGCGGCAGCAUGUCUGGGAGUAAACUUUGAGUGGGGACUGGGGAGUCUUUGUAUCGUGGGGUUUGUAUGAAAAUUUUAUAGCUGCAUUUUUAGCAUGUUUGGGAACAUUUUUGUAAUCCGUGAUUAUCAGUUUUGUAGGAGGGGAGCAGUCAUAAGAAUUACAGUUGUCUUUAAGUUGUUGAAAACAGGUUCAAAUUAAGCAAUCGUUUCUGUUUCAAUCAUAAAGUUUUCUUAAUUCUUUGUGUGAAAGCAGAGUUGAGAGAUAAUGUAGCUUCUGUCUUCUUUUCUGUGUUUGUGUGUCUUUCACACAAAAUGUCCGUCACUUUGUAAUCUGUUGAUGACGAUGUGUUUCAUCCACUCUUUGUAAUCUCUAUUGUAAAUUAUGGCUGUCCAAAUAUGUAGAGAUAAAAAGAUUUUUAGAAGUAGAAACUUUUAUUUUUCACUCUUUGAACCAGCAACUAAGCCCACCUGUAUAUUUUAACUGUCUAUUUUUUUUUCUCUUUAAUUGAAGUGAACUCUACAUUUAGGUGAAAUUGCCCUUUAUAUUAAAAGUGCUGCAUAUUGUGAGCAUAAAGUUUUUGAAUGGGGUAGAGUGACACAGUUAACUCUUGUAAAGAGUUGAUCUUUUUUUUUGUAAGAAACCAACCAGUUCAACAUAACUUCUAUAUUGACAUUGCAUUUCUUGUAUUAUUUAUUCAUAUCAAUGAAAAAUUCUCAGUUUUUUGAGUAAUGUUGACAAAACGUAACUGCAGAUAAAAAGUACUCUAUGUUUUUAACAGAUUGUGGCAACUCCGAAGAGAUUCUCUUUUGUACUUGAUAGGACAUUUCAUCCUAGGUAAUAAAGUAAUGUUUUUGACACCA